CAGUAUUUCCUUUCUGCCCACUCUGAAAAAGGUGAUGGAGAAGACAGAAUUGCAGGGGACAGGGCACCUUUCGUUUCAUUAGGAAUAGCCAUUAAAAUGUGUGAAAUGUGGAAUAUGCUUCACUGAAUGAGCACACAUAGUUCACAUCAACAAACACAAAAAGGAAAGAACCCAUUUAAAAGGUAUGGAGUGCGGAAACAGCUUCUCUUUCAAUACAAAACUUAGAACACACCAGCGGACUCACAGAGAGAGAAAACAUUUUAAGUACAGGGAGUGUGGGAAGAACUUCAGUCAGAGUGGAAACCUUAAAUUGCACAAACGGACUCACACAGGGGAGAAACCAUAUGAAUGUAUGGAGUGUGGAAAGAACUUUAAAAAUAGUGGAAGCCUUAGUAAACAUCAACAGACUCACACAGGUGAGAAACCAUUUAAAUGCAUGGAGUGUGGAAAGAGCUUCAGUCAGAAUGGAUUCCUUAGAUCCCAUCAAAGGACUCACACAGGUGAGAAACCAUUUAAAUGCAUGGAGUGUGGAAAGGACUUCAGUCGGAAUGGAUUCCUUAGAUCCCAUCAAAGGACUCACACAGGUGAGAAACCAUUUAAAUGUAUGGAGUGUGGAAAGGACUUCAGUCAGAAUGGAUUCCUUAGAUCCCAUCAACGGACUCACACAGGGGAGAAACCAUUUCAAUGUAUGGAGUGUGGAAAGAGCUUUAGUGAAAAUGGAAGCCUUAGGAACCAUCAACGGACUCACACAGGUGAGAAACCAUUUAAAUGUAUGGAGUGUGGAAAGGACUUCAGUUGGAAUGGAAACCUUAGAUCCCAUCAACGGACUCACACAGGGGAGAAACCAUUUAAAUGCAUGGAGUGUGGAAAGAGCUUCAGUUUCAGUGAAAGCCUUAGACAACAUCAACGGACUCACACAGGGGAGAAACCAUAUAAAUGUAUCGAGUGUGGAAAGAGCUUUAGUAAUAGUGGAAGCCUUAGACAACAUCAACGGACUCACACAGGGGUGAAACCAUUUAAAUGUAUGGAGUGUGGAAAGAGCUUCCGUUUUAGUGGAAACCUGAGAAGACAUCAACAGGCUCACAUCGGUAUGAAAUGAUUUAAAUGUAUGGAUUGUGGAAAUAGCUUCAAUCGGAGUGCACACCUUAGAAAUCAUCAACGGACUCACACAGGGGAGAAACCAUAUAAAUGUAUCGAGUGUGGGAAGAGCUUUAGUGAAAAUGGAAGCCUUAGAAAUCAUCAAUGGACUCACACAGGGGAGAAACCAUUUAAAUGCAUGGAGUGUGGAAAGAGCUUCAGUCAGAGUGAAACCCUUGAUUUUUGUCAACAAACUCACACAAAAGACAAACCAUAUAAAUAUCAGGAAAGUAGAUAGAGGUUCACUCUUAGUGGAAGUUCAAAAUCAACAGACAUAUGGACAGAAAGAACUUUAAGAGUUGAAACCCUUCAAACCAUCAACAACCUCAAAGAGGAGAAGCAGUUUAAAUGAAAAGACUGCAAAAAGUGCUUUAUUUAUAACGGAGUUAUCAAGGAACAUCCAGGGACUCUCACCUGGGAGAACCCAUUUAGAUGUAUGGAGUGUGGGAUGUCUUCCUCUCAGAGUCCACUCUGAGCAAUGAACUCAGCAGGAAAUCAUUCCUAAAAGCAUGAGGUAUAUGUGAAGUUCUGGUGUUUAUAUGUAAAACUGUAUAAUAAUGAAAUAAUGCAGGCAACAUCUCACAAUGGUGAGUAUAAUUUUAGAUGAAAGUACCUCUGGUUUUUGCACCAAACUCUGUCACCCCCCCACCGCAUGAUCUCCCAGCACUGCUUCUUCACCAGAACUUCAUCGCUGCCUCCUGCCCUGCGCGUUCUGAAGAAAACUUGAAAUACUGAAAUUGAAUGGGAGAUUUCCCCCCAAGCCUAAUUUCAAGAGGGGGAAGGAGGGGCUGCAGGGUCCAGGGAAGUCUCCUGGGGGGGGGCUAUCUUCACUCAUGAACCCCAUGGGGCAACCCCAGAGUUCCUGCUUAUUCUAGGGUUUGGGAAAGAGAGUAUUUUUCCAUAGUCCCAGAAGUUUUUAUUCACUCAUGCUACUCGGGAGUUUUCCUACCAGAGGACCACAGUGCUGUGGCUGCUGUUGUUGUCAUGGACUGGCUGGUGAGGGGGGGGGAGGCACCAGUUGGGGGACCCACAAGGGAAGAAGGCUCAGAGCCUGGGGACUGGUGGGGGGAUGAGCCGAAAGAGGGAGAAAGAGGAGCAGACCGGAAAGGGAGAUUUUGCAAGCUGAGGAGGAAACAGGGUUUGGUGAGCGGGAAGAGUCUGGGGCAGAGAGCAGUUCAGACUCAGAGGGAGGAGAGGAGGGGGCCAGGAGACCCAGAAGAGGCCGUCAGCUGAAGCAUCCAUAGAGAUUCCCCCUCCUGCUGCGACCAGCUCCCCUCUCCCCUGGUCUAGAGCACACAGGGAAAUCCAGUUCAGACCCCAUGAGCCUGUACAUGA